AAUUCAUCAUCACCAUCAUCCGUUGAUAUUCAUGAAGUGAACAAGUUUUCAUUACUUGCAAGAACUAAUGAAUGGUGGAAUCCUAAUGGAGCUUUAAAAACUCUUCAUCACAUUAAUCCAACACGUAUGGAAUAUAUCCGAUCACAAAUUGUUAAACAUUUUAAUAUCAGUGAUAAUACACAUGAACCAUUGAAGGGACUGAAUAUAUUGGAUGUUGGUUGUGGAGGCGGUCUUGUUUCUGAAUGUUUGGCAAGAUUAGGUGCUAAUGUAACUGGAUUGGAUGCUUCUCUGGAUAAUAUUAAUAUUGCCAGAACACAUAAUACUUCAUUGAAUAAUUUAAAUUAUAUUCACUCUACAGUUGAAAAUUUACUUUAUAAUAAUGAAAGUACAAAAUUCGAUUGUAUUGUAUCAGUGGAAGUUAUUGAACACGUAGCUCAUGCUCAAUCAUUUGUUCAUAAUUUAUCAAAAUUGUUAAAACCUAAUGGAUUUCUCAUUCUCAGUACAAUGAACAGAACUCCAAAAUCAUACUUGUAUACCAUUGUGAUGGCAGAAUAUGUUUUAAAUUUGGUACCUAGAGGAACACACGAAUGGAGAAAAUAUGUUACUCCACAAGAAAUGGUCAUUUUCAUGAAUCAAGCCAAUGUCAAACUAUAUGAUGUUCAAGGAAUGGAAUAUAAUCCACUCUUGAAUAAGGCAUUCAUUGAAAAGAAUACUGAAAUUGAUGUUAAUUAUUUCAUUACAGGUGUCAAGCAAGAAUAA